AAAAAUGUUUUUUUAAGGAAAUUUAAUUGUGCCAAAAACCUCAGGUCCCCAGCUCUCUUUUUCAUUCCACUUUUGGUCUUUGAUGCCUGAACCGCCUUGAACACUCCCACUGCAUAUACGUACACUCCACCUUCACAUCCUUACACAUAUUCACUCUCUACACUCAAUCCCCAAAAAAAUUGAAAGCAAAAUUGAAAAGAAAAUAAGAAACCAUGUCUUCCCCAAGCAAGCGCCGGGAAAUGGAUUUGAUGAAGCUGAUGAUGACCGACUACAAGGUGGAGACGAUCAAUGACAGCAUGCAAGAGUUCCAUGUGGAAUUCCAUGGACCCAAAGAAAGUCCUUACCAGGGAGGUGUUUGGAAGGUAAGGGUAGAACUCCCGGAUGCCUAUCCAUAUAAAUCUCCAUCCAUUGGUUUUGUAAAUAAAAUCUACCAUCCAAAUGUUGAUGAAAUGUCAGGAUCUGUCUGCUUAGAUGUUAUCAAUCAGACGUGGAGUCCCAUGUUUGACCUAGUAAACGUUUUUGAAGUGUUUCUUCCGCAACUUCUUUUGUACCCAAAUGCAUCUGAUCCUCUGAAUGGAGAGGCUGCAGCUUUAAUGAUGCGUGACCGCACUGCAUAUGAGCAAAAAGUCAAAGAGUAUUGCGAAAAAUAUGCGAAACCUGAGGAUGCAGGGGUUGGGGCAGAUGAAAAAUCGAGCGAUGAGGAACUAACUGAGGAUGAAAGUGCUUCCAGUGACGAGGAAGUUGCUGGAAAAGCCGAUCCAUAAAAGCUAUUAAAGUAUUUUUCAAGGUUAACGCAAACUGUAUCUGUACAUGAUAAAUGCUCUGCCAUGUGAUGACAAACGUUUGAUUCCUGUCCAAUGCUUGUUUGCUUUAGAACUAUAAUUUGAUGUUGCCUUUAUCCUUUCAUGCCGUACUGUGUUUUUAUCCCUAUUACUGAAGUUGUUACAAUGCACCAUGUAGUUGGAAUGAGUUGUUUAUCUGAAUAUGAUAUGCUAUAAGGAGAUUUUUUUUAUUUUUUUUUAUU